CAAAAUAACGCAUCGUAGCAAGAAACUACAUGAACUUGUUUAUUUUUCUUUUGAGAAUGAAUUUGUAGAUACGAAAUACGAAAUGAGACAGCUGAUUGUGUAAUCUGUUCAAGAGCAGUCGAGAGUGAAUCAAAAUCAAUUAUCAUCUGAAAGAUCUUUUGUUGUACACGUUUGCGUUUGGUUUUUUUAAAUGAAUUUCGUUUCUUUCUAGAAUUUUGGACUAUUUUAUUGCGAUGAUGAACUAUCUAUACGUUAACUACAGUCUUUAUUCGUAAUUGUUUGACUUCCCUUUCUUCAAAAUCAAGUACAUUACAGCGUUAAAGUGUAGGUAUAGUAAUGGAUGCUCCAGCUAUCGGUAUCGAUUUGGGUACGACAUAUUCGUGCGUUGGUGUAUUCCAACACGGUAAAGUCGAAAUUAUCGCCAACGAUCGAGGUAACAGAACGACGCCGAGUUGCGUCACAUUUACAGAUUCAGAAAUAUUGAUUGGUGAUUCAGCCAAAAAUAGAUCGAUCAGAAACAUACAUAAUACCAUUUACGAUGUCAAAAGAUUAAUGGGUCGUAAAUACGACGAUCCUGAUGUUCAGGCCGACAUGAAGCACUGGCCGUUUCCGGUCGCUAGUGUAAACAACAAACCGAAUAUUAAAGUAGAGUUCAGAGGAGCUUCCAAAACGUAUUCUCCUGAAGAGAUUUCUUCGAUGAUCUUACAAAAAAUGAAAGAGAGCGCCGAAGCCUAUUUGGGAAAAACGGUUACAAAAGCUGUCAUUACUGUGCCAGCGUAUUUCAAGGAUUCUCAAAGAUCGGCUACAGUUGACGCUGCUAAAAUCGCGGGUUUGGACGUUUUACGUAUAAUUAACGAACCUACUGCCGCUGCCAUUGCUUAUGGUCUGGAGAAAAAAAGUCUCGACGAGCAUAACGUAUUGAUUUUCGACUUCGGCGGAGGUACGUUGGAUGUUUCCAUUCUCGCAAUUCAAAAUGGCAUUUUCGAGGUGAUUUCAACGGCCGGCGAUAGUCACUUGGGCGGCGGAGAUUUUGACGUAGAAAUGGUGGAAUAUUUCGCUAAAGAAUUCAAAGGCAUGUAUCACAACGACCUUGUUCUUAACAAAAAGUCACUACGUCGUUUGCGAACUGCCUGCGAGAAAGCGAAGAGAGCCUUAUCGUCUGCCACGGAAGCGGACGUAGAAAUCGACGCUCUGCACGAUGGCGAAGAUUUUUACAGUUCAAUCAGCCGUGCUUGUUUCGAUAAAUUGAACGCAGACUUAUUCCGACGCGCAAUGGAUAUCGUUAAAAGGGCAAUCGAACAUGCCAAAAUUGACAAAGGUCGAAUCGAACACGUCGUUUUGGUCGGCGGAUCUUCUCGCAUCCCCAAAAUGCAAGAAUUAUUACAAGAUUUCUUUGGCGGAAAAGAACUAAAUAAAUCGAUCAACCCUGACGAAGCGGUAGCCUACGGUGCAGCGAUCCAAGCAGCUAUUCUGAACGGCGAUCAAUCGAACGUUAUCCAAAAUGUCGUCUUGUUGGACGUAACGCCGUUAUCCUUGGGGACCGGUGUCACAGUUGGAGGCAAUGUCAUAAUGAACGUAGUAAUACAACGUAAUACUAUCGUACCUACCAGACAGACCAAAGAAUUCGUCACCCUUUAUGAUAAUCAAACGGAGGUUCUCAUCGAUGUUUACGAGGGCGAACGUCCAGAGGUAAAAGAUAAUCAUUGGCUCGGCGAAUUCAUUCUCUCUAACAUAACUCCUGCUCGUGCUGGCGGCGUCGAUAUCACCGUCACCUUCGAAAUUGAUGCGAAUGGUAUGCUAAAUGUCACCGCCGUCGAGAAAUCCACCAAUUGGAAAAAAAUAACUAUCAAUUACAAUACUGGUCGAUUAAGCAAGGACGAUAUCGAACGUAUGAUAAAUGACGCUAAAGACCGACGAGUCGACGAAAAAACUCAUCGCGAUUUUUGUGCUGCCAAAAACGCGUUAGAAUCCUAUUGCAAUGGAGUGAAAAACAUGAUAGAUGAUCAGAAAAUGAAGAAUAUCGAUCCAUCCGAUAAAGAAAUCAUUUUCCGAAAAUGCGACGAAACAAUAGAGUGGUUGAAAUUUAUUUCAGACACAAACAAAAAGCCACUCGAAAUGAAACUCGAAGAGUUUAAAAGAGUAUUCGACAGUGUAAUCCUUGUAGCUACGAGUAACAAUAUGCAAAAAAAGGACGAGUAUUAUAGUAUAUUGAGUUUACCCAGAAAUGCAACCACCCAACAAAUUCAAAAUGCGUUCAGGUUGGCUGCCGAAAAAUAUCACCCGGACAAAAGCAAAAUGGAUAGAGAACUAUCCAACAUGUAUUGGAUGGCUUUAAAUGCCGCCAAGGAUGCUUUGCUGAAAAAUUCGAGGAGGCAUUUGAUGAAAAGAAAAAAUGCUGAUUGAAGCUAACCUGCGAGAUGGAAUCGACACUACCUAUUUGUUUUGUUAUUUGUACACUGAUUUUUUUUUUUUGAAGACUGUUAAAUGAGAUGAGAUUUCAUUUCCUAUAUUAAUGUGAUUUUAUAAUUAGGACCAAAAUAUUCUUUAAUCGAUAUUCGCAUCGUUACCUUAAAGUGUUUGUUUUUGUUCUGUUAUUUUUUUUAAUGAAUUGAGUAUUAUUUUUUUAACGUUGUGCAUAUACUAUGAAACGUAUUUAAAAGCCGAUGAAUUUAUGCAAUUAUUCAAUGUAUAUUGUUAGAAAAUAGACCAUAUCUCUAACCUAA